AUGGUUGAAGAAGCCAAAGCCCUCCUUUUGAUACCAUCUGCACAGCCACACAUUCAUUUCCAGGUUGCACAUGUCCUAGCCAUGAUUCUUAUGCUCACCUUAUGUGGAGGAGAUGUUAGAGGACCGAGUGGAACGAUUUUAUCCCCUGGUUAUCCUGAAUUGUACCCAAAUUCCCUGAAUUGUACAUGGACUGUGGAUGUCACCCAUGGAAAAGGAGUGCAGUUCACCUUUCACACCUUUCAUUUGGAAGACCAUCACGACUACUUACUAAUUACAGAGAAUGGCAGUUUCACUCAGCCACUAGCACGCCUGACUGGAUCAGAACUUCCUUUGGCAAUCAACGCUGGUCUCUAUGGAAAUUUCAGGGCUCAGUUGCGCUUUAUUUCAGAUUUUUCAAUAUCAUAUGAAGGAUUUAACAUUACCUUCUCUGAAUAUAAUCUUGAACCUUGUGAGGAUCCUGGGAUUCCACAGUUUGGUAACCGAAUAGGAUUUAACUUUGGAGUCGGUGAUACUCUGACAUUCUCUUGUUCAUCUGGAUACCGUCUAGAAGGAGCUUUGGAGAUUAUCUGUCUUGGUGGUGGCCGACGUGUAUGGAGUGCACCUCUGCCAAGGUGUGUGGCUGAAUGUGGAGCCUCUGCAACAAAUAAUGAAGGAAUUUUGCUGUCCCCCAAUUACCCACUCAACUAUGAAAACAACCAUGAAUGCAUUUAUAGUAUUCAGGUACAAGCAGGGAAGGGAAUCAAUGUUUCAGCCAGAACUUUUCACUUAACACAAGGAGAUGUUCUUAAGAUAUAUGAUGGAAAAGACAACACAGCUCACCUGCUGGGUGCAUUUACUGGGGCCUCAUUAAGAGGACUGACACUAAGUAGUACUUCAAAUCAUCUGUGGUUGGAAUUUAACUCAGAUACAGAGGGAACCAAUGAAGGUUUUCAGCUUGUUUACACAAGUUUUGAGCUUUCACACUGUGAGGAUCCUGGUGUGCCACAAUUUGGAUACAAGAUCAGUGACCAAGGCCAUUUUGCUGGCAGUACCAUCAUUUAUGGAUGCAAUCCAGGUUACACACUCCAUGGAAGUAGCCUUCUAAAGUGUAUGACAGGGGAAAGAAGGGCAUGGGACUAUCCUCUGCCAUCCUGUAUUGCUGAAUGUGGAGGCCGUUUUAAAGGAGAAUCAUCAGGAAGAAUCUUAUCUCCUGGCUAUCCUUUUCCCUAUGACAAUAAUCUGCGUUGUAUGUGGAUGAUUGAAGUAGAUCCAGGAAAUAUUGUCAGCCUCCAGUUUCUUGCUUUCGAUACCGAAGCAUCACAUGAUAUAUUACGAGUUUGGGAUGGGCCACCAGAAAAUGAGAUGCUCCUCAAGGAAAUUAGUGGAUCUCUUAUUCCAGAAAGCAUUCACAGCACACUGAACAUCGUGACUAUUCAAUUUGACACAGACUUUUAUAUAAGCAAAUCUGGGUUUACCAUCCAGUUUUCAAGCUCUGUAGCCACCGCCUGCCGUGAUCCUGGUGUUCCUAUGAAUGGAACUCGAAAUGGGGAUGGAAGAGAACCUGGAGACACUGUUAUUUUUCAGUGUGACCCUGGAUAUGAGAUUCAAGGAGAUGAGAGGAUAACCUGCAUUCAGGUAGAAAAUCGGUACUUCUGGCAGCCCAGCCCACCAGUCUGUAUAGCACCCUGUGGAGGAAACUUGACAGGCUCAUCAGGUUUUAUUCUUUCACCAAACUUUCCUCAUCCCUAUCCGCAUAGUAGAGACUGUGACUGGAGUAUCACUGUUAAUAACGACUAUGUUAUAUCAUUAGCAUUUAUCAGUUUCAGUAUAGAACCAAAUUAUGACUUCCUCUAUAUCUACGAUGGGCCAGAUGGCAAUAGUCCACUAAUUGGGAGUUUUCAAGAUAGCAAGUUGCCAGAGAGGAUAGAAAGCAGCUCAAACAACAUGCACUUGGCUUUUCGGAGCGAUGGAUCUGUUAGCUUUACUGGUUUCCAUUUGGAGUAUAAAGCAAAACUACGUGAGUCCUGCUUUGAUCCCGGGAAUGUAAUGAAUGGCACAAGACUUGGAAUGGAUUAUAAACUGGGAUCAACAGUCACAUAUUACUGUGAUGCAGGUUAUGUUCUUCAAGGGUAUUCUACCCUUACUUGUAUUAUGGGAGAUGAUGGAAGACCUGGGUGGAACAGAGCACUACCCAGCUGUCAUGCACCGUGUGGGAGCCGGUCGACAGGCUCUGAAGGCACGGUAUUAUCACCAAAUUACCCAAAAAACUACAGUGUUGGACACAACUGUGUUUACUCUAUUGCUGUUCCCAAGGAAUUUGUGGUGUUUGGCCAGUUUGUAUUUUUCCAGACAUCGCUCCAUGAUGUGGUUGAGGUGUAUGAUGGCCCAACACAGCAAUCAUCUUUAUUAUCCUCCCUCUCAGGAUCCCAUUCAGGCGAAUCCCUUCCACUGAGCUCAGGUAAUCAAAUCACAAUUAGAUUUACGUCAGUGGGUCCAGUAACAGCUAAAGGUUUUCACUUUGUAUAUCAAGCUGUUCCAAGAACAAGUGCAACACAGUGCAGCUCUGUGCCUGAACCAAGAUUUGGAAAAAGGAUUGGAAAUGAAUUUGCAGUUGGUUCGUUGGUUCUUUUUGAGUGUAAUCCAGGAUACAUCCUUUAUGGAUCAAAAGCUAUUAGAUGUGAUUCAGUACCAAAUGCUUUGGCACAGUGGAAUGAUUCCCUCCCUACAUGUGUCGUACCCUGUGGUGGAAUUUUAACUAAGCGCAAAGGGACCAUUUUGUCUCCUGGUUACCCUGAGCCUUAUGACAACAAUCUGAAUUGUGUGUGGAAGAUCACAGUGCCAGAGGGCGCUGGAAUUCAAGUACAGGUUGUGAGUUUUGCUACAGAGCUCAACUGGGACUCUUUGGAUUUUUAUGAUGGUGCUGACAACAAUGCUCCAAGGCUUGGAAGUUAUUCCGGAACUACAAUUCCUGCACUGCUCAACAGCACAUCUAACAACUUAUACCUAAACUUUCAGUCUGAUAUUAGUGUUUCAGCUGCUGGGUUUCAUCUUGAAUAUACAGCUAUAGGUUUGGACUCUUGCCCCGAACCACAGACCCCUAGCAAUGGAAUUAAAAUUGGAGAUAGAUACAUGGUUGGAGAUGUGGUCUCUUUCCACUGUGAUCAGGGAUAUUCCCUUCAGGGACAUUCACAUGUUACCUGUAUGCCUGGACCAGUGAGAAGAUGGAAUUACCCUAUUCCAAUAUGUUUAGCACAAUGUGGUGGUGCUAUGUCUGACUUCAGUGGAGUGAUUCUUAGCCCUGGGUUUCCUGGAAACUAUCCCAGCAGUUUAGAUUGCACAUGGACAAUUAAGCUGCCUAUUGGGUUUGGUGUGCAUUUGCAAUUCGUAAAUUUCUCAACUGAGACAAUACAUGAUUACUUAGAAGUAAGAAGUGGAUCUACAGAAACUAGUACUGUUAUUGGGAGACUUAGUGGUCCUCAGUUACCAGCUUCUCUGUUUAGUACAACUCAUGAAACGAGCUUAUAUUUUCACAGUGACUACUCACAGAACAAACAAGGGUUUCAUAUUAUAUACCAAGCUUAUCAGUUGCAAAGCUGUCCUGACCCUCGGCCAUUCCGUAAUGGUUUUGUGAUUGGAAAUGACUUUACUGUAGGACAAACAAUUUCAUUUGAGUGUUUUCCUGGGUACACCUUAAUUGGAAAUUCAGCACUGACUUGUCUACAUGGAGUCAGUCGUAAUUGGAACCAUCCUCUCCCCAGGUGUGAAGCUCUCUGUGGGGGAAAUAUAACUGCAAUGAAUGGCACCAUAUAUUCUCCUGGAUACCCUGAUGAGUACCCAAACUUUCAGGACUGCUUUUGGCUUGUCCGAGUACCACCUGGUAAUGGAAUCUAUAUCAAUUUUACUGUUCUUCAGACAGAGCCAAUAUAUGAUUUCAUAACUGUAUGGGAUGGGCCAGACCAAACUUCUCCUCAGAUUGGACAGUUUAGUGGCAACACUGCUUUGGAGUCUGUCUACAGUACUUCAAACCAGAUUCUCAUCAAGUUCCACAGUGACUUCACAACAAGUGGUUUCUUUGUGCUAAGUUAUCAUGCCUAUCAGCUUCGAGUGUGUCAACCUCCACCAGCUAUACCAAAUGCUGAAAUUUUGACUGAGGAUGAUGAAUUUGAAAUAGGGGACAUAAUAAGGUACCAGUGUCAUCCAGGCUUUACAUUGGUUGGUAAUGAAAUUCUAACGUGUAGAUUGGGAGAAAGACUUCAGAUGGAUGGAGUGCCACCUUCUUGUCAAGUGCUCUGCCCAGCCAAUGAAAUGCGUCUGGAUUCAACAGGAGUCAUACUGAGCCCAGGCUACCCUGACAGCUACCCAAACCUCCAAAUGUGCGCUUGGACCAUUACUGUGGAAAAGGGUUAUAAUAUCAGCAUGUUCUUUGAAUUCUUCCAGACAGAAAAGGAAUUUGAUAUACUUGAGGUGUUUGAUGGACCAAAUAGUCAUAGCCCAUUGCUUAUUUCCCUAAGUGGGGAUUACUCAUCCUCUUUAAAUAUAUCCAGUAAUGGCCAUGAAGUGUUUCUCCGGUGGUCAGCAGAUCACGGCACGAACAAAAGAGGUUUCAGGAUAAGAUACAUAGCUCUUUAUUGUAGUACUCCUGAAUCCCCUCCACAUGGAUUCAUUGUCAGUCAGACAGGUGGACAGCUCAACAGUAUGGUUCGCUGGGCUUGUGAUCGAGGAUUUAGGCUUGUUGGGAAAAGUACCGCUGUAUGCAGGAAAUCUCCAUAUGGAUAUCAUGCAUGGGAUGCACCAGUCCCAGCUUGUCAAGCAAUAUCUUGUGGAAUUCCUAAAGCUCCAUUAAAUGGUGGAAUCUUAACUACAGAUUACUUAGUUGGCACCCGUGUUACUUACUUUUGCAAUGAUGGGUGUAGACUAUCAUCCAAGGAGCUCACUACUGCAGUCUGCCAGCCAGAUGGUACAUGGAGCAAUCAUAAUAAAACACCUCGUUGUGUAGUUGUUACAUGUCCAAGCAUCAAUUCCUUUACUCUGGAACAUGGGAGAUGGCGAAUAGUGAAUGGCUCACAUUAUGAGUACAAAACAAAAGUUGUUUUUAGCUGCGAUCCAGGCUAUUAUGGUUUGGGACCAGCAUCCAUUGAGUGUCUUGCUAAUGGAACAUGGAGUUGGAGAAACGAGAGGCCUUACUGCCAAAUUAUUUCUUGUGGAGAACUUCCUGUACCUCCCAAUGGGAAUAAGAUUGGAACUCAAAUCACGUAUGGAUCUACAGCUAUAUUUACUUGUGAUUCCGGAUUCAUGCUAGUUGGCUCUACUGUAAGGGAAUGUCUUUCUUCUGGACUCUGGAGUGGAACGGAAACCAGAUGCUUAGCUGGUCACUGUGGUGUUCCAGAUCUCAUAGUCAAUGGUCAAGUGAUUGGAGAUAAUUAUGGGUACAGAGACACAGUUGUGUACCAGUGCAACCCUGGUUUUCGCUUGAUUGGUUCUUCUGUACGAAUAUGCCAACAAGAUCACAAUUGGUCUGGUCAGCUUCCAUCCUGUGUGCCUGUUAGCUGUGGUCAUCCUGGUAGUCCGAUUUAUGGAAGAACAAGUGGAAAUGGUUUCAACUUCAAUGAUGUUGUGACUUUCUCUUGUAAUACUGGAUAUGCUGUGCAGGGACCAACAAAAGCACAGUGUCAGGCUAAUAGGCAAUGGAGCCAUCCACCACCGAUAUGUAAAGUGGUCAACUGUUCUGAUCCUGGAAUCCCUGCAAAUUCCAUACGAGAAAGUAAAAUAGAACAUGGAAAUUUCACCUAUGGAACAGUGGUGUUUUAUGACUGCAAUCCUGGAGAUUUUUUAUUUGGAUCUUCUGUUCUAGUCUGUCAACCAAAUGGUCACUGGGAUAAGCCAUUACCUGAAUGUAUUAUGAUUGACUGUGGCCAUCCUGGCAUUCCUCCGAAUGCGAUCCUGUCUGGAGAGAAGUAUACAUUUGGGUCUACUGUUCAUUAUACCUGCACAGGAAGGCGAUCACUAUUAGGCCAACCAUCUCGCACAUGUCAAUUAAAUGGACAUUGGAGUGGAUCUCUGCCUCAUUGCUCAGGUGACACUUCUGGUUCUUGUGGGGAUCCAGGAAUCCCAGGUCAUGGUUCUAGAGAAGACAGUGAUUUUAAAAUUAAAAGUACUGUACGUUUCCACUGCGAGAUUGGUUAUAUCCUUCAUGGGUCAGAAGAAAGAACAUGUUUGGGAAAUGGAAGCUGGACAGGAAGACAGCCGGAGUGUAAAGCUGUGCAAUGUGGUAAUCCAGGAACAACUGCUAAUGGGAAAGUGUUUCGUAUAGAUGGCACAACAUUUUCUAAUUCGGUAAUUUAUUCCUGUAUGGAAGGAUACAUACUUUCUGGAUCUUCUGUGAGACAGUGUACUGCCAAUGGAACAUGGUCUGGAUCCUUGCCAAAUUGCACAAUAAUCAGUUGUGGAGACCCAGGUGUACCAGCCAAUGGCUUGAGAUAUGGUGAUGAUUAUGUUGUUGGACAAAAUGUUACCUACAUGUGCCAGCCUGGCUAUACAAUGGAAUUGAACAGCUCCAUAAUUCGCACCUGUACCAGCAACAGCACAUGGAGUGGAACAAUCCCAACUUGUAAAGCUGUUACCUGCCCAACUCCUCCCCAGAUCUCUAAUGGAAGGUUGGAAGGAACAAAUUUUGACUGGGGAUUUAGUAUUAGCUAUGUCUGCUCCCCAGGCUAUGAACUAUCCUUUCCUGCUGUUUUGACCUGUGUUGGGAAUGGAAUUUGGAGUGGUGAGGUACCUCAGUGCUUACCAAAGUUUUGUGGUGAUCCUGGAGUACCUGCUCAAGGGAAAAGAGAAGGCAAGAGCUUCAUCUACCAGUCAGAAGUCUCUUUCAGCUGCAAUCCUCCAUUUGUUUUGGUUGGGUCUAGUACUAGGAUAUGUCAAGCAGAUGGAACUUGGAGUGGUUCUUCUCCUCGAUGUAUCGAACCCACUCGCACAUCAUGUGAAAAUCCUGGAAUCCCACGGCAUGGAUCACAAAACAAUACAUUUGGCUACCAGGUGGGAAAUGUUGUUCAAUUUCAAUGUAAAAAAGGACACCUUCUCCAAGGAUCUACAACCCGAACUUGCCUUCCUGAUCUUACGUGGAGUGGAAUUCAGCCAGAAUGUAUACCACAUAGCUGUAAACAACCAGAGACUCCAGUUCACGCUAAUGUGGCUGGAAUGGAUCUUCCUUCACUUGGUUAUACAUUGAUUUAUACCUGUCAGUCAGGCUUCUUCCUAGCAGGAGGAUCAGAACACAGAGUCUGUAGAUCUGAUGGCACAUGGACUGGAAAAGUUCCAGUUUGUGAAGCUGGAUCAAAAAUAUUGGUGAAAGACCCUAGACCAGCUUUGGGAACACCAAGUCCUAAACUAAGUGUUCCUGAUGAUGUAUUUGCCCAAAAUUAUAUAUGGAAAGGAUCUUACAAUUAUAAAGGCAAGAAACAGCCCAUGACUUUGACAGUGAACAGUUUCAAUGCAUCAUCGGGGAGAGUAAAUGCCACACUCACUAAUAGCAAUAUGGAACUACUACUUUCAGGGGUUUAUAAAAGUCAGGAAGCUCGACUGAUGCUCCAUAUAUAUCUUAUUAAAGUGCCAUCUCAUACUUCUGUGAGCAAGAUGAAAGAGGAAAAAUGGGCUAUGGAUGGUUUUGUUUCUGCUGAACCUGAUGGAGCUACAUAUGUUUUUCAAGGAUUUAUCCAGGGUAAAGAUUAUGGACAAUUUGGACUUCAAAGAUUAGGUCUUAACAUGUCUGAAGGUUCGAAUUCUUCUAAUCAACCACAUGGUACAAAUAGUAGUUCUGUGGCCAUUGCUAUCCUUGUGCCUUUCUUUGCCCUUAUAUUUGCAGGUUUUGGGUUUUACCUUUAUAAACAAAGGACUGCACCUAAAACACAGUAUACAGGAUGCUCUGUUCAUGAAAAUAACAAUGGACAAGCUGCUUUUGAAAACCCCAUGUAUGACACAAAUGCAAAGUCUGUAGAAGGAAAAGCUGUACGAUUUGAUCCCAACUUGAACACUGUCUGCACAAUGCAACACAUGCAGCUGGUAACAGGGGAAGUUCUGCUUCUAUGUAUUUUCUUGCUGUGGACCUUUGCUACUAGACGUCAGUUUUACAAUGAAUGAUGUGAGGGUGCGCCAUAUGAAUUGAGUUUUGUCAUGCAGCAAUGUUUCUUACUGUUGAAGAUCACUUGGAAGAGUGACCUUCUUACACUGUUUUUACAGACAUCAGAAAUUGAACCUUUUUUGAAGUUUUCAGUUUAGAAAAUUAUGGUUUACAGUAACACUAGAAAUCAAGUUGGUAUGUGAAGGACAUAAAGGUCCACACCUCCGUCCAUACCACUGUUGUCUACACUGUAUCACAUUAUCAGUAUUAUUUUACUACUACUACAUUGUGUUAAAAAGCUCACACUGAGCAUGAUUCAAAAACCAUUGAAGUUAAUAGAAGGACUUCCACUGACUUCAAAUGGGCUUUGGAUCUGGCCCACAGACCUUGCCUAAUCAGAAUUUGAAAAUGCUUUGUUUUGGUAUACAAGUCAAUAUUGUGAGGAAAGCAACCCCUAAAAAUAAUUAUUCCAAACUGGAUAUAUUGCAGCAAUUCAAUAGAAAGGUGUUGUUUUUAAAAAAUAAAGCCAUGGUUUCAUUAGGAGUAAUCCAUCAGAUGAUUCAAAUACCACCACCCUAAAAAGGCAGGUUUCAAAAAUUGCAGAACCAUUUGAUUCUCAAACAAUGGAAUGGGAUCUUUAGUUUUACAGUUAUUGCAUAACAGAAUUAUCCAGAGAUAACCCCAGUAAUUUAUUUGUUGUAGGUCAUUGUCUUCCUUUUAUAGCAUGAAAUAAUUUUAGACUCAUAAAUGCUGUAUGUUUGCCAGUGUGAAUUAUCUGUUACUGUCCCUUUCAGGCAUUAAUAAUUCUGUGAAAAAUCUGAACUUUUUAUUACUGUAAUAGAGAGUGCCUACCAAAAAUCAUUGUACCCAGGAUUGCUGCUUGGAUUUCUAAAAAGUUUGAUGAAUUUCUUAUAAACCAUUUUACAACACUUUGUUUUGAAAAUUCAUACAAUUCUGUCAAAAACUGUAUUCUACUGAAAGGAUGCUGUUUUCUAUUUUCUACCAUCAGUUGUUAUUUAUUCUUGUUUAUUCAAAUGACUGCAAUAACUAUGAUUCAUUCAUUAAUGUUAAAGUUAGUACAUUCGAGAUCUCGUUUAAAAAUGUUUCUUCUGCAACUGGCUACUCCUCUUAUAUUAAUGCAUACACUUUUGUAAAGAAGUAUAUUUUUAUGAAAAAAAAAGGAUUUGUAAAAGUAUGAUGUAAAUUUUCAGUGCAAUGUAAACAAAAUAA